UGCCUGCCGGCGCCCCCUGGCGGGGGCCGGCGCCUCCCGCCGCGCCGGCAUGGAGCGGGGCAGCGCGGCGGCCGGCAGCGGGGCGGCCCCGGCCCCGGCCGAGGAGGGCGAGGGCUGCGCGGGCCUGUGGGAGCUGCCGGUGGAGCGCUGCGAGAGGCGGCCGGAGUGCGGGCGCUGCAGCCGUCCUCAGAAGGUGUGUUUAUGUCCGUUCCUGCCAAUACAUCCUCUGAAGGUCUCCAUCUGCUUGUAUAUAAUUCAGCAUCCAGCAGAGGAAAGUCGGGUGUUAAGGACGGUACCUUUGCUAGCAGCUUGUCUCCCUCCAGACAAAUGUAAAAUUUUGGUUGGUCGACGUUUUAGUGAAGACAGGUAUCCUGAAUUAGCAACUGUGUGCAGAAAUCCCAAUACUCUAAUUCUGUAUCCUGGAGCUGAAGCAACCAAUUUGGAAGAAGUUGCAGUGAUGUCUUCUAGUCCAUCUGUUAUGAUCAUCAUUGAUGGAACAUGGAGUCAGGCUAAAGAUAUAUUUUAUAAAAAUUCUCUAUUCCGGCUUCCCAAGCAGGUGCAGUUAAAAACCAACAUUUCAAGUCAAUAUGUAAUUCGUACACAGCCAACAAACACCUGUCUGUCUACACUUGAAUGUGCAGCUGUUGCUCUUACUAUCAUGGAAAAAAAUACGAUUAUACAAGAGACUAUACUCCGUCCACUUCAAGCCUUAUGCUCUUUCCAGCUUCAGCAUGGUGCCCAGAUCCAUCACAGCAAGGAGCAUCUUCUCAAGAACGGCUUAUAUGACAAGCCAAUGCCAAAGAAUAAGCGUAAACUCAGAAGAAUGGAGCUUUUGGUGAAUAAUGUUAAAAUAUAGAAAAGCUGUACUGACAGUACAGUACGAUUUAUUUGCAGCUAGCAAAUGAAUAUGAAUCUGGAUUUGAUCCAAAUGGUUGACUGUACUGUAAUAAAACAAUUUUUAGGUCCUUCAUAGCCAGGAGUUUAUCUACCAACGUGGCAAACAGUAAUGGACAAGCUUUUUCACUUUUACAGUAGGCCAGGUGCCUUUGUUCAGAUGAUAAAAGAUCAUUCUCUUUUCCUAUAGAAAAGAAGAAGAAAACAGCAUAAUUUAGAGUUACAUUAUCUCUUGGGUGACAAGUAUGAUCCUCAAUCUGACUGGAUAAAUUUACUUUGGAAAAGCUUUUAUCAGUACGAAAAGACAAGGAAUAUGAAUGUGAUAGAAUGGUAAGGCUUCAGCAUUUAGAAGCAUAUUGAAUUUCUGCUGAGCAUUUUAACUUCAGUAUCUAAUUAUAGUAGAUUUUCAAACUGUAGUUCCUUGUAUUUCUUAGUUCAGAUGAACAUAAGGCAAGUUAUUUGGAUAGUCCUUUGUAACUUUGAUAUUUUUAUUUCUUACAUUAUUAGAAUUCCUUUUCAUAAAUUUAUAUGCAUUUUACAAUGCAGUUGGGUUUAAUUUGUCUCUUAGACUUAAUUUUUAAAUUAAACCCGCAUAUGUUUUUACCAGAACCUGAACACUUCUGACUUAAAAAAACAAAAGUGAAUGUAGAUAAAUGAUUUUUGGAAUUGUAACUCAGAUGUCAUCUUCCGCAGAAGGUGACAUUUUAUGGGUAUGGAUAUGUCAUACCCACACCCUGACAUGCAGUGGUUAUGAUUCUAAAGGAAUUAAGCAAUCCCAGUGUAAACAGCUCUGUAAGAACUAUUAUGCAAUGACAAAUUAUUAUGUCUGGAUACAACCUACUAACAUGAUUGCACAUCCAUUAUAUUUCAUGUGUUUUUUAAUUAGUUCUCUUCUAACUGAUAUAACUGUACCUCUUUCUAAUGGGAAUUGCUAGAAGCAGAAGAGUUGGAUAUUUUUAGAACCUUUGUGAUUUUAUGAUCUGGAGGGAAAAAAAUAAAAUAAAGGUUUUGAUGUUCCUUU